CGCGACUGGAAAACAAGAUUCCGGCGGAUGUUCGCAGAGUAUUGAAUGCAUCCUGACUGCAUUCAUAACGGUGACUCGGUUAUAAUGUUCUAAUGUUUAUUCCGCUACUGUAAUAGUUCUCCAUCACCGCAGAACAACAUAAGCAAACGUUUCAAACGAGAUUUCUCUUACGGUCGAUACUGAUGGACGUACAAACGGAUAUGAUAUUGUGAACGUUCGCGAUCAUUUUUUUCUGAGGACUGAGGGGAGAAUCUGCGCACUGCAGUGACUCUACAUUCAACAAUGCACACGACUGUACUGUGGAUGUGAUGGAUAUUGGAUAUAUGUUGGCAAACGACGAGAUUACAUCUUGGUUUUCAUUAAGAACAAAGUUUGCUUGCAUGGAAACAUCAUUUGAAUUGAUAAUGUGUGUGCAGUUGCUCAUUCACUGUAAUUGAGUGGUUCAAGCCACUCUAUCCUUCAACAGAUGAGAAGCAACCAGUUCCUACAACUUCAAUUGUCUGUACUAGAGGAAAAGAAUGGUGUUUAUGACAGAAAUCUCAAAACAUAUCGGAACCAUCCCACGAAAAUAGUAUCCCAGCCUGGAAUCGUAAUGAAAGUGUUGCGGAGAAAAAGAAUAGUACUAUUUAUAGCGUAUUUUCUGCUGUUAGUUCUCACAAUGCUGAACUUGGCUAACUAUAGAUGGACUAAAGAACCUCAACAGUGUAAUCUCCAGAUGAGAAGCACUCCGUAUCAGGGAAGGUCGGACAUCCGAUUCCUCUACAGACCAUCUCUUGCUAAGAAGAGACAGCUUGUCUACGUUUUGACCACAUGGAGGUCCGGUUCAUCAUUUUUUGGAGAGCUAUUUAAUCAACAUCCAGAGGUUUUCUUCUUGUAUGAACCUAUGUGGCACAUCUGGCAGAAGCUGUACCCGGGUGAUGCUGUGUCCUUACAGGGAGCAGCGAGGGACAUGCUGAGCUCAUUGUAUCGCUGCGAUCUUUCAGUUUUUCAGCUGUACAACAGUCCUGGGAGCAAAAACUUCACCUCCCUUGGACUUUUUGGGGGCACACUUAAUAAAGUCAUCUGCUCGUAUCCUCUUUGCUCAGCUUAUAGAAAAGAAGUAGUUGGGAUGGUGGAUGACAAAGUGUGCAAAAAAUGUCCCCCACAAAGCCUCAGUCUUUUAGAGGAAGAAUGCCUCAAGUACAACACUAUAGUCAUAAAAGGGGUCCGGGUUCUGGACGUCAAUGUUUUGACGCCCCUUAUGGAGGAUCCGUCUCUGGAUCUUAAGGUGAUUCACCUCGUGCGAGAUCCCAGAGCCGUGGCCAACUCCAGGAUCAAAUCGAGGCACGGGCUGAUUCGUGAGAACUUGCAGGUGGUCCGAAGCAGGGAUCCCAAACUCCGUCGGAUACCCUUUGUGGAUCCCGGCCACAAAAUUAGUAAAAAAGAUGGUGCAGAUUACCAUUCGGUUGGGGCUAUGGAGGUGAUAUGUGAUCAGACGUACAGGAGCCUGAGGACUGCCUUAAAUCCACCCGACUGGCUGAAAGGGAAAUACCUGGCAGUGCGCUAUGAAGAUCUGGUGGAUAACCCUGUCAAAACGCUCCGGAAUGUUUAUCAAUUUGCCAAUCUCAGUACCAACCUAGACAUUGAGUCUUUUGCUCUUAACAUGACUAAUGGCACAAGCUCUUCCUCAAAGCCAUUUAUUGUGUCGGCCAGGAACGCGACACAGGCGGCCAGUGCAUGGAGAACAGUGUUGAGUAUUCAACAGAUAAAACAAGUAGAGGAGUACUGCCAUAAUGCAAUGGCCAUCCUGGGUUAUGAACGUGUAAGAACAGCUGGAGAAGCAAAAGACCUGAGUAAAUCUUUAUUGACUGCCUCCAAACUGUGACAGAGUUCUUGCACUAGAGAUGCUUUCAAAAGCCCACCUGAAACUGUGGAUUUGUUUGUUUCAAUCAAAGUGCUUUUGAAAGAUUUCACUAUCGCUUUCUGGAAUGUUCAUAGCUCUUUGUGGUCAUUCAAUAGCAUUGUUAGUUUUCUAAAUGAACCAGUAGAUGUUUGAUACAGCAGCAUCUGUGAACCACAGCUGGAAAAUUUAUAUUGUACAAAACAAAUGUUGCAUUGCCCUUUUUCCCUUAAAUGGAUGCUUAAGGUUGUUUGGAAUGUUCUAGGUCUGUUUUUGAGUUUCAGUUCAUUUGCUGUAUGUAAAAUCAAGAAAUGAAAAUGGAAAAUGAGCAACAAAAAUACUGAUCAAAACUGUUAUGCAGAGUGCAGGUAAUGCUAUUUCUUUAGAAUUAAUUCAAAGACAAUCAUUAAAGUUCACAAUGAAUGCCA